AUGGCGGCAAAGCGCCAGCGCAAGGAGCAAGCCGGGGUCAUCACACCAAUGAGACGGCGAGGAUCGAGGGAAGACGCCGCUCGUCACACGCUAGACGGAUCAGCGAAAAACCCUGACACUCCGAGGAAACUUGCAGCCUUUAGUACGAAGCGCCUGCGAAACGCUGAUGAGGGGGGUGAUAUGAGGUCGCAUCUGUGA